AUGUGGCAUCUCAUUUCUGUUCAGAGACGCAAGUCACCGGCUUCCUGUCAACUCCUCUGGGACAAUUUCUUUGGCAUCAGCCGCGCGCUCUUUCAGACACUCACCCUCCUCUAUUAUACAGUAGCCCUCCGACAUCGUACCGAGCCACCCUGGUCCUUGUCAACUAUUACGUUAAGCUGCGCGACAUUGGCAGCUGGCACUGAUUGGCGUGUCGCAGCUCAGACCGUCAGAGUCGUCUUUUACGAUAUGAAUACGAAAUCCCCCCGGUCGGGGUGGGGCAUGGCUUAUGCACCUGGGACGGGCCCAGUUGGCGCUUCCACCCAUGACAGCAUCGCAGAUCCUCAUCGACUCAAACUGUUUGGUGUGGCGGUCGCCCUAAAUUGGCAUGCUGUGUUGCAAUGGCGGAGAAGGGAGCUGGCGCAAGAAAGUCCUACAUCUAGGACGUUGAACCUUAACCUUAACCUUAAUCCUGAAGUUGAGGGGGCUCUUAGUUCUUCCAACACUGAAGGAUCCCGAGUACCAUAA